GUUCUUAUUAGAUACCGCAGCAACAGUAGUCAUUCACACGCCUACCUCUUACCCUUUCCUCCUCGUUAGGACUCCCACCGCCCACCGCGCUCUCUCUCUCUCUCUCACUCACACACACACACAGAAAGUUUACCUGCGACAGUAGAGUAGAGCGGAGCAGCAUUACGCUUCGGUCUUCUCGGCUUCGGUCUUCUCGGCUUCGGAAAUGGCAGGCAACAGGCACACUAUUGUCCUUAUGCAGACAUCUCAGAAUAGAGCAACUCGUACUUUCAUGGAUUAUGCUUCUAUAAGUCAGGCAAUGGAUGGAAUUUGUGGACUAUAUGAAAGGAAACUCAAGGAUCUAAACCCAUCCAGCAGGAACAUCAACUAUGAUAUUUCAGAUCUUUAUAAUUUUAUUGAUGGCCUUGCGGAUAUGAGUGCAUUAGUCUAUGAGCACUCAAUCCAGGCUUACCUGCCAUAUGACCGGAAAUGGAUCAAAACUAAGUUAUUGCAACACUUGAAGAAAUUAGCGCAAUGAGGUGUUUUAACUGCUUAGUUAGCAUGCUAUAAUCUCUGAUCGGAAUUUGGUAGGAAAAUGCCUGAAGCACAGAAUUGAAGUCCUUUCAGUCACACUCCAGAUGUAAUCUGUCUAAUGUAAGCUUCUGGUCGCUUUCAGCUCCCCUUUCUGGGAAUACGUUGUGCAGUUAUGACCCUACGUUCAGUGUCAGGUGCUGUUGGUGGUGAGCUAGUUUGUAAUGUAGCUUGUAUCUUCAAACAGAUGCUUGCCCUUAUUAUUGCUGCCGUGUAACUCUUACCUCUGGAUGAGGAUAAUUGAGUAAACAGAAUAAAGCAAAGAAAAAAAAUGAAUCAGUGUGUGGUUGUUCUCUGGGAUGUAGAUUGUAGCUACAGUAUUAAGUGGUUAAAUUCUUAAUGUACUGUAUUGACUGUUCCAGUUU